UGUUACAAGGAAAUAGCAAUACUGUCCUUCUGUUACUUGCUGCUUUCCGAACACUGCCAAUGUUGGGGUUGUGUUUCUUCAUUUGUUUUGCAGCAUACUAUGCAAGAGCAGGUGAAGAAUGUCCUAAAUUCACAGAUCUUAAUUUUGGCAAUGCUGUGAUUGGCACAGAUCUGAAGAUGCAACUGCUUUUGUAUACAAGAAGAAAUAAAGACUGUGCUGAGCAUCUUGAUGAACAUAAUAUAACAACUUCUAUACAUUUUAAUGUAACCAAGAAUAUUGUUUUUAUCAUCCAUGGGUAUAGAUUUACAGGUUCUCCCCCAAUAUGGAUUGAUAGAAUUAAAAAUCUUCUGCUUGAAAAACAAGACUUCAACAUCAUUAUAGUAGAUUGGAAUCGGGGUGCAACAACAGUGAAUUAUUUUAGUGCUGUUGCUAGUGCGAAGAAAGUGGUACCCUGCUUAACACAUCUUAUUGAUCAAAUGUUGGAGAAUGGUGUUUCUGUUGAUUCUAUUUAUAUGAUUGGUGUAAGCCUUGGGGCUCAUAUAGCUGGAUUUAUUGGGAAGGCAUACAAUGGCAAAAUUGGAAGAAUUACAGGUCUUGACCCAGCUGGUCCCUUAUUUACCGGAAAGCUGGCUAAUGAGAGACUGGAUCAUACUGAUGCCCAGUUUGUGGAUGUCAUUCAUACUGAUACUGAUGGUUUUGGUCUCAAGGAUCCUUUGGGAAACAUUGAUUUCUAUCCAAAUGGAGGAACAGAUCAGCCCGGAUGUCCAAAAACAAUACUUAGUGGAUCAGCGUAUUUCAAAUGUGAUCAUCAGAGAUCUGUUUUUUUGUAUAUGUCAUCCUUACAACAUAAUUGUGAUAUAACUGCAUAUCCUUGUGAAUCGUAUAAGGAUUACAAGAAUGGAAAAUGUGUGAGCUGUAAUUUUAAAUCGCUUCCGUGCCCAGUAGUAGGAUAUUAUGCUGAUAAAUGGAAGAGUCAUAUACUUGAAAAGAAUCCUCCCAUGACAACAGCUUACUUUGAUACUUCAGACGAAGACCCAUUUUGCA